AUGUUUCUAGGAGAGACCAAGGACGCGCAUGUCGUGCCUUUCAUUAUUAAUGGCCAAGACUACCAUCCAGAGAGAUCAUUCGAUGUCAUAUCUCCUGUAACGGGCAAAGUAUCACAUCGUUGCGGUGCUGCCACUGUGGCAGAUGCCUCCGCGGCUGUCGAUGCGGCUGCUGCAGCUUUCAAGACAUGGAGAAAGUCAACACCCGCUCACCGUCGAGACAUUUUACUCAAGGCCGCCCAUAUCAUUCAGAAAAAGACUGAUGAGCUGGCCGAGAUCAUGUCAAACGAGACGGGGGCUGCGACGCCCUGGGCUCUCUUCAACAUCAACACGGCGGCAGACCUGAUUAGAGACGCUGCCAGCCGAACCUCUGCCAUUGAAGGCUCGUUUCCUGCCUUGAUGGAUCCCAAUACUAGUGGCAUCGUUCUACGAGAGCCCUAUGGAGUGGUUCUGUCUGUGGCUCCUUGGAACGCCCCCUACAUUCUGCCCACUCGUUCCAUUGCAGGUCCCGUUGCUGCUGGAAACACAGUCAUUCUCAAGGCCUCCGAGUUUGCGCCACAAUGCAUGAGGGCCCUUGUAUCCGCCUUCCACGAGGCCGGUCUGCCCAAAGGUGUCUUGAACAUGAUUGCCCACGACCGGGAUACUGCAGCUGAGAUCACAUCGGCUUUGAUUGCCAAUCCCCACAUCAGGAAGAUCAACUUCACGGGCAGCACCAACGUUGGGCGAGUCAUUGGAAGGCUCGCUGGCGAGCACCUUAAGCCAGUCAUUCUCGAGCUUGGCGGCAAAGCGCCGGCCAUUGUGUGGGAGGAUGCAGAUCUAGAUACCGCAGCCCAGCAAUGCGCAUUGGGCGCAUUCCUUAACGGCGGCCAGAUCUGCAUGUCUACGGAGAGGAUCAUUGUCCACAAGAAGGUCAAGGGUCAGUUCCAGGAGAAGCUGAAAGCAGUCGUCAACGGCAUGUUCCCGUCUGAUGGACCCGCUCCCAUCCUCGUCAACGAAAUAGCCGUCAAGCGCAACAAGGCGCUCGUCGAGGACGCCACCUCCAAAGGCGCAACAGUGAUUGUUGGAGACGUCGAAGCUCUCCAUUCCCGUUCCGCUGAGCUGCGCCCUAUCGUUGUCGACAAGGUUACGCCCGACAUGGAUAUCUACAAGACGGAGUCCUUUGGCCCAACAGUGUCCCUCUAUGAGAUUGAGACGGAGGAGGAAGCCAUUGAGCUCGCAAACGACUCCGACUACGGCCUGACAUCGGCCGUCUUCACUGAGGAUCUUAGAAGGGGCCUCCGUUUUGCGAGGGAGAUUGAUUGUGGUGCCGUUCACAUCAACAACAUGACUAUUCACGAUGAGCCGGCUCUGCCACAUGGCGGUGUCAAGUCGAGUGGAUUCGGGCGCUUUAAUUCAUCCGUCGGGCUGGACGAGUGGGUGAGAACAAAGACUGUUACUUUCAAGAACUAA